AUGGUUGGCGUUCCGCAUUCAAACGGCUGUGCUCUGUGUCGCGAGCGACGUAUUAAGUGUGAUGAGGGUGUUCCGGGGUGCAGCAAUUGUCAGCGUUACGGCAAACCCUGCCCCGGUUAUCGGCGCGCCUUUCGGUUCCAAGAUGAGGGGCCUAAUCUUGCCCGAAGACAUCAGUCGGGCUCACGACGAAGAGGAAGACCACCCAAGCAGCCUGCCACUCGAAUCGAGGAGAGGGACCAAGCAACAGCUGACAUAGUGCGUGGCAAUGCUGUUGCACUAAUGCGACAGCAUUCGGCCGGUGGUUUUGACGAACAACUCUCUUUUUCGCUAGUUCGGCAACAGUUCCGCGGCGCUCAGCCUCAAUUAUUUCUGAGCUUCAUUUCACAUUCAUUUCCCACGCUUUACUAUCACAACCGCUUCAGAUCUGGAGAUGGACUCGGCUUUGCGGAACAUGUAGUGCUCAACUAUGGCACCGAUGCAUACCUCGACAACUCCAUCUGUUGUUUGAGCUCGAUUUAUCUUUCUCGAUUGACCAAUGACCAGACCCUUCUCAAAACCAGUCGACAGCUGUACUCCAACUCACUCAAAUCAGUCAUCAAAGCUCUCUCCAAGCCGGAGCAUGUGAUGUCCGAUAACAUGCUUUGCACUACCAUCAUUCUGAGCGUUUUUGAAAUGUACGCUCAAACCACACCAGACGCAUGGGUGGUGCACAGUGAUGCUGUAAGGCAGCUCAUGAUCAAAAGGACUGCGGCCGCUUUCGAGUCUGGUUUUGGACGUUUCUGCUUCAUCGCAUUUAGAGGCUUCCUCAUCCUCUUAGCUCUCUAUGAAGGAAAGCCAUGUUUUCUGGAUGAAGAGGAAUGGCAAAACUAUACGAUCAAGAUGAUGACCGAGGAUCGUACCAAGCCUGGGGAAUGGAGUGCAUAUACCGACCUUGUUGAUCUGGUUCACAUGGAGACCGCCAAGUGUCCGCGAUAUAUCAGUGAGACUCGAGAUAUUCUCGCGGGAAGCGAUCUAGACCAUGCCACAGUGCAUGGUCUAAUUAGCCGUAUACAGCAUACGUCCCAGCAACUUGAAUCUCUAAUAUCCGACCUCAAGUCUUGUAUCAGCGCACACAAUGAGCGCCAACAAGGAAUCAUUCAAGGUCCUAACAAACCCUUCAUCGGACCUGUCCCAGAGGUCUUUCCCGACACUGGACCAUCACUCCUUCUUACCGGAGCAAAGAACAUGCUGCAAACGAUCCAAGGAUUGGCCAAUCGGCUCGAGGAUAGACUUCGGGUCCAUGUGAUUGAAGAAACACUUUCCCCCGAGUCCGUCAAUUCCCCACCCAGCGAGGGCAGCACAUACUCCACCUCACCUUCUACUGCCAGCUCUCAAAGCUUCUCUCUUCCCUUUCGCAUUCAUUCGGAGCUUGGAAAUGGUCCCAAGCCCGGCGGCCAUGACCCUCGUGGAACCAUGUUCCUGGAUCGUGUGGCCUCGUCGAUGGGUGUACUGGGUGCGAGGGUUGUUUUUGACGAGAAAGAUCAAUCUGAAUAA